CAGGCGUGCCCCCGCCUGGUCGUCGGGCACUUGCUGUGCAUCAUCAAAACGAGCACACCCGAGUCAGACGAAGCCUCCGGAUCUGCGGAACCAGAGCCCCGGUACCAGAGGACAGGACACCGCUGUUGGAUUUACACCAAAACGGACGGAUAAAGACGGGACCGGACGGGUCACAAUGGGGAGGCUGUAUGGAGUUGCUCUCGUGUCCCUUUUUAUCAUCUGCCUUCUGAACACUGAGUCAGUACUGGCUAAAAAGGGUAGCAGCAGUGGUGGCAGGAAGUCCACAUCCACCAGCAGUAGGGGUGGAACACAGUCCAAACCACGGCAGCCACAGACUCCGAAUAAAAACCCCAAUCCAUAUCCUGCUGGUGGAAGUUAUCCGUAUCCGGGAGCAGGCAACACAAAUCCAGGAGGAUAUCCCAGACAAAACCCAGGAGGAUAUCCAAACCAGAAUCCAGCCGCAGGUGGUUACCCAGCCGCUGGAGGGUACCCCAACCAACCAGGAAGAGGGAACUAUCCAAACCAGUAUCCAGGAGUAGGAGGAUAUCCAAACCAGAAUCCAGCUGCAGGGGGUUACCCAGCUGCUGGAGGGUACCCCAACCAACCAGGAAGAGGGAACUAUCCAAACCAGUAUCCAGCUGCAGGUGGUUACCCAGCUGCUGGAGGGUACCCCAACCAACCAGGUAGAGGGAACUAUCCAAACCAGUAUCCAGCUGGAGGUGGUUACCCAGGCGCCGGAGGGUACCCUAACCAACCAGGUAGAGGGAACUAUCCAAACCAGUAUCCAGGCGCAGGAGGAUAUCCAAACCAGUAUCCAGCAGCUGGAGGCUACCCAGGCUGGGGAGGUGGCAGUCCAGGUGGUUACCCAGUCAGAGGAGGAAAUACUGGGCCAGGCUGGGGUUCAAAUCCUGGAGCUUACCCUGGCGGAGGAUUUGGUGGUUACCCAAACUGGAACCCAAAUAAUAAGAUCCUCAGUCCUCGGUACGGUGGAGGAAGCUACGGUGGAUACAAUUAUGGAAUGGGUGGGUCUGCUUUUGCUCGUUCUGCAGCAAACAAUGGUUUUGCUCCCAAACUCCAGUCCAAGGGCUUUGCCAAAAAAGCCAUGAUGGCAGCAGGUGUGGGUGCUUUGGCUGGAAUGGCUGUUGGCUAUGGAAUAGGACGCUUCCCACGACCACAUUUUGGUUUCCGCAGCCCACAAGAGGAAUACUACUACAACAACUACAUGUACCGUCAUUAUGGCUCCCAAUCCACAGACGAAAAAGAUUACGGCCGUGAUUACGUCUACAGGCCUCCGCCACGAGCAGAGACUUACGAACAAUUCAUGGACAGAUGCAUGAAUCAGACCGACCUUCUUAAAGAUCGGGGCAGUCAGAGCAAUCAAGAGGAUGAUGACACCGUCAGCAUCGAGGAGAUUGGAUACCCUGCUCUCAUUGACCAAAUGAAGUCCCAGCGUUGUGUCGAGAGGUACAUGGAGUAUUCCAAGGAAUUCCUGCAGAAACGAGAGUCGGAGCAACUGACCCAGCUGAGCCGCAGUAACCCUCUGAGCUACAGCACCAUUCAGCUUCUCACCUCCGUCUUUAUGCUCCUAUCCAGCAUGCUCCUCCUGCAGUAAGACCAUCUGUUCCCACAUUCAUCAUAUCUGCACGUCAACAUGAGGUUCACGGAACAAUGUAAAUCAUAGCCAUUUGCUUGAGAAUUGUAAAAAAAACCUGCUAUUUUUACUGAAUGUUUUAAUUCUUUGGGAGAAUGAAGGAAAAAAUGUAGAUCUGUACACAAGUAACUAAUGGAGUCAGUUUAAGGAGAUGGCAGACGCUUUUAAAGUUCAAUCAGCCAGUUUGUACCGCAGGCAUUUUCCGCAUUAUGUUGCACUACUAUUGUUGUAUUCAAUUUCCAACGUGGUGUCAUGACUCGUGUAAAUAUACACGCCACUUUUAAUUGGCGUGUUAUCUGUAUGCAUUGUAAGGUUUUUGCAUGCAUGUUCAGGCCCCGUCAAAUACCACGCACUGAGGGUUAUUUGAACUGGGGAUCUUGGCGUAAAUUGACACUCUAUCAAAUGGCAUUGAAUAACACGCCAAAGGUUGAAAAUGCGUACGUAUAACACACCAAAUGCCAUAAGAACUGACGUGAUAUACAACACGAUUUCCUGACAUCAGUCUGCAGUGUCCUUCACCUUAUUCAGGACUGGAUGCCCUGCAGAUUCAGAGGGACUUCCUUUCUAAUACUCUAUGACAAUAUAUACUGACAAUAUAUCUGCUUCUUUAUAAAAUAGGAACAUGGGUCAUUCUUACAUGUGUUUUAUAUAAACAGAACCAUAUGUACAGAAGUAAACAAAGGUUCAUCUAACACGAUUUCAGCGUUUUUUUCAUGUUGUGGGCACAAACAGCUGGUCAUUCAUUCCAGGUAUGAUUUAUCAAAAAAUACUUUUUUUUUUCCAAUGAUUAAAAUCUGCAAAAAGUGAAUAAGGACAAAGAAUAGAGCGAGACAAUAUGAGAAAAAAGAACAGAUGUUUUUCAUUUUAACUAUUGUCUUUUAAAGCCGAUCACUUUCAGUUGUUUUUAAAGAUCAGGGUUGUUGUUUUUUUUUUUUCAAGUAAAUUUUUUCCAUUUAUGUCACACCUUAAAUACCAAUUAUUUUAUGUUAAAUAGGACUUUUCAGAGUUUAAGGUCUUAACAUUUUAUUUGUUUAAUUCUUAAUAAUUAACAACUCAGCUCCAAGAGCAUUUCCUUUGAAUUAAAUUUGAACUGUGAAGUGUUUGAUGUGUGCUCAUGGUGGUUGUAACAGGGUUUUGGGUCAUACUCUUCCGGAUAAAUUACAGCAGAUGCACAGUUCAUAGAAGUGCUCGUCUCUACUGGUGCUCACUGACUGCCAGGUGAAGGAUUCAUCUGUUAAACAUCUGUCCAUCAGAUGUGGUGGUUGUGUAGGAGCCCAGUUGAUAACAGGAUUUCAAAAACCACUAAAACAACUGUUGCUUAUAAAAUUAUUUGCAUGCAUCAACCUGUGACAGAGGAGACUUUAGUGAACACAUGUCCUGUUGUGUGCUGUAGAAGACGUCCUGCAUCCUGAGGUAGAUGAGCUGUUUGUGUGCAGCUGUGGAGAACAGGUGGUGCAUUUGGUGACGGUAGAAAGGUGGUCAAGUAUGAGGGGAUGUUUGUGUCCUUUGGCUCAUAUGGUGUAUGUACGAGAUGUGUCCGAAAAGUUCUAGGACUGGUGUCACAAUAGAUGUAUUUCAAACUUAAACCAAAGGUUUUCCCCUUCGUAGUAACCCCCCCAGAGUCUAAUGCCACAUUUCCACUAUGUGGUACCGACUCGACUUGACUCGACUCGACUCGACUCGACCUUUUUGUGUAUCCAUUAAGAAAAAGGACCUGGAAUGUGGUACCUGGUACUAGUUGUUUGGUAUCACCACUGCUGAGGUUCCCAGACUGGGGAGCAGAUACUAAAAGGUGACGUACAAACACUGCAGACCACUGAUUGGUCAGAGUUGACUCUGUGACCUGCCGUUUUACAAAAAAUAGAUCCGGAAGUUUAUAGUAAAUAUGUCGACAUCCACAUGAUGACAGCCCGCAAAACUACAUCAUGGUCGGUUGAGAAGAUUAGGUGGCUGACGUAAAAGUUCAGCGUGUGCUGGACAAGGCAACAUGCAAUGAUCGAGUUUAUCAGCACCUCUCUGAGCAGACGACAUGGAAGUAACACGCCGCAUUGCUAUGACGACCAGGUACUGUAAAGUUGGUAGUAUUCUGUAAUGGAAACAGACUCCAGGAAUAGGACCUGGUACCUCACUCAAGUCGAACUGAGUCGAGUCGAGCCGGUUCCACAUAGUGGAAACGUGGCAUAACACCCUUUGCCAGCCUUCUCAGCCACGCCUCCAUGUACUCCUGGAAGGAUCUAUCUGGGAUCCUCCACAGCUAUGUUGUCCACAUCUUCAAAGCGGGUCCCUUUGAUGACCCCCUUCUACUUGGGGAAGAGGAAAAGAUCCCACAGAGCCAGGUCACGUGGGUAGGGAGGUUGGUCCAGCACGAUGAUGUUCUUCUGGACCAGGAGCUGUCGAUGCUCAGGGCGUUGUGAGCAGUCGUGUUGUCAUGGUGACGCAGCCACGAGUUGCCCUGCCACACCCCUGGCUUCUUCUGAAUGAAGCAAAUGCCGUAGGAUCUCUUUGUUGACGUGUUGGUUGAUCGUCUGACCCUGUGGUAAGACCUGGAGGUGGAUGGGAUGAUGGCCCUCACAUAGAAGAAUGCGAUCAACAGGACUUUGACUUUGGACUUGGACUGUCUUACUUUCUUCAGCCUUGGUGAAGUCGGACUCUUCCACUGAAGGCUCUGGUGUUUGGUCUCUGGGUUGGAGUCUUAGAUCCAUGACUCAUCACCGCUGAUGAAGUCUGGUUCAGUUUGAAGAUGCUGGAGGACAUCCUGACACACUGGCAUGUGUCGAUCCUUCUGGUCCUGGUUCAGUGGUUAUAAAAGCAUGUGGAUAAAGGUUCAGAGAGCUGAGAUCACAGUUCUAGACUCCAGGGGGGUUAGUGCCAAGGGGAAAACCUGUAGUUUGGAUUGUAAAUGUAUCUUCUGGGACACUAGUCCUGGAACCUUUCAGACACACCUCAUAGUCCUCCCACCGGUUUGGGAUUCUUUUACUACCAUUCCAACUUUGUGUCUUUUACCUUCAAUACAUUCUUUUCUUCCUUAGUUUUUGUGAAGCACUUUGGAACUGUUUUGUGUUUUGUAUCUUUAUCACAGUCCAAUAGGAGGCUGUCUGUAUAUAUGUUGAAUCCCUUGAGCUGAGUUUGUUUCUUUGUGAGCGCAGCUGUAUUCAGUUUAGUCUGAAUUUGUCGAACGGUUACAUAUUUAACCCUUUCAUGCAUGAAUUACGAAAAAAAAAGUGUCUAGAUUUUUUUAGAUUGAUUUUAUUUCUCAAAAAAUUAGGCUAAAGUUGAAAUGCAUUUUGAAUUUAUUUUUAUUUUUUUAAAUAUGGUUUUAUUCAGAAGAUAUUUUCCCUCCUCAGACUCAGGAAAGGACAAGUUUGGGCAGUUUUUAAUUCAAUAAGAAACAUCAUGAUGCAACAGGUUUUUCAGAUGCAUUUUGGAAAAUUUUAUGGAAUGUCCUUGGGCGUGGACAAUUGUUUUGGGUUUUUUUGGCUAAAUCUGUGAAACUCUUGUCCGAAUGUGGACAGUAAACCCAUGUCUGGGUCUGAGGGUGUCCACAAAUGUGGACAUCAGGCAUGAAAGGGUUAAUGUGGUGUACAGAAACGUGUAUACAUUGAGGGUCAAAGGUCAGGAUGGAAAUGUUACGAUUGUUUUCUGUUUGGGAGAUUAGUUCAGUUUUAUACAGCUCUGUUUUUUUUAUCCUAAUUGGAACUGCUUUUUUUUUUUUUUAACUAAAGAUUAAUUUAUGAUAAUUAUGUCACGUGUUUUAGAUCCAGUUUGGCAUUUUGAUAUUUUCUAUUGUGUAGAAUAUCUGUAAAGUGCACUUACUUCCCUUUAAACCUGGAUAUUCUGUUGAUGCAUCACUUGUGUAAAUCUACUGUUCUGGACCUGCUGUUGUAAACACUGACUAACAGGCUUAAAUAUUGUCAUUGAUGUUCAAUUCGUCAAUAAAAUAACAAAAAAAC